CACACACGCACGUCCGCACGCGCGCGCUCUCCCACGCGCAAUUCACACCACAUCCGCACACACGCAUGCACGUGCAAACUUCCACCGUCGCGCCCACACCAGCGGCCAGUCCAGGGCUGAAACCCGUCAAAAGCCCCGCUGGAUCCUCACAUCGCCUGUCAGCAUGCGGAGCGCUUGUUUUCCCCGGGACGUUUGUUUGUUUGUCCUCCUCAUGAAUGCUUGCAGGGUGAUGGGGAAUGUCGGACUCGCAGAUGCAGACGAGUGUGCAGAAGGUUCAGACGACUGCCACAUCGACGCCCUCUGCCAGAACACGCCCAACUCUUACAACUGCAUCUGCAAGCCGGGCUACACUGGAGACGGGAAGCAGUGUGAGGACGUGGAUGAAUGUACGAAUGACUACAAUGGGGGCUGUGUCCAUGAAUGCAUCAACAUACCUGGGAACUACAGGUGCACCUGCUACGAUGGAUUCAUGCUGGCCCACGAUGGACACAACUGUUUAGAUGUGGACGAGUGUCUGGACAACAACGGAGGAUGCCAGCAGGUGUGUGUGAACACAAUGGGGAGCUAUGAGUGUCAGUGUACAGACGGCUUCUUCCUGAGCGACAACCAGCACACCUGCAUCCACCGCUCUGAUGAUGGAAUGAACUGCAUGAACAAAGACCAUGGCUGUGCUCACAUCUGCAGGGAAGCUCCCUUCAAAAGUGGGGUGUCAUGCGAGUGCCGGCCUGGUUUUGAGUUGGCCAAAAACCAGAAAGACUGCACAUUGACUUGUAACUAUGGAAACGGAGGAUGCCAGCACACAUGUGAAGACACGGACACAGGGCCGGUCUGUGGCUGCCACCAAAAGUACGCCCUGCAUUCAGACAGCAAGACCUGCAUCGAGAAAGAUGAGGCUGCAAUUGAGAGCUCUGAGUUCAAUGCCACGUCAGUAGCUGAUGUGGACAAGCGGGUGAAACGGCGGCUACAUAUGGAGAGCUGCGCUGUAAACAACGGUGGCUGCGACCGGACAUGUAAGGACACAGCUACAGGGGUCCGCUGCAGCUGCCCUGUGGGAUUCACCCUGCAACCAGAUGGCAAAACCUGCAAAGAUAUCGACGAAUGCGAGGAGAACAAUGGAGGCUGUGAUCACUUUUGCAGAAACACGGUGGGCUCCUUCGAGUGCAGCUGCCAGAAAGGAUACAAACUUCUCACCGAUGAACGAACAUGCAAAGACAUCGAUGAGUGUUCCUUUGAGAGGACCUGCGACCACACCUGCAUCAACUAUCCUGGCAGCUUUGAGUGCCUGUGCAACAGGGGAUACAUCCUCUACGGCCUCACACACUGUGGAGACGUCGAUGAGUGCAGCAUCAACAACGGCAGCUGUGAGUACGGCUGCAUGAACACACAGGGCAGCUAUGAGUGUGUGUGUCCGCCGGGACAGAAGCUCCACUGGAACAAGAAGGACUGCACCGAGGCUGUGAAGUGUCUACCUAACGGAAAGCCUGCUCCGCGAGCCCAGCUGGUCUGCACUAAGAGCGGAGGUGCAGAGGUCUGCUCGCUCUCCUGUCCCUCCAACGCUCUCUUCCUCGCAGACUCAGAGAACUACACAUUAAGCUGUGGAGUUCCCAUCCAACCUGAUCCACUGGCCCCACCCAUCAAGCAGAAGGCCAAGUUUAAGAUUAAAGAUGCCAAGUGUCACCUGAGCCCCCGCAGCAAGGAGAAACACAAGGACUCCUCCAGGCAGAACAUCCAAGGAGGGCAGUUCCCCUGCACAGAUGACUGCCAGGUAACGUUCGUCAACUUCAAGUGUGACUCGUCAAAGAAGCGGCGCAGAGGGCGCAAGUCUCCGUCCAAAGAGGUUUCCCUCAUCACGGCGGAGUUUGAGAUGGAGAUGAAAGAGGAGGAAGCCUCAGACUCGUGUAACAUGGAUUGUGUGCGGGACAAGAUGAGGCAGAAGCUCCAGAUCGCCAUGCGGACACUGAGGAAGUCCAUUAACAAGCAGCAGUUCUACAUCCAGUUCUCUGGAACCGAGUACGAAGUGGCCCAGAAACCGUCCAGGAUCCCAGAGGGAGCCGAUACCUGCAGCACUGGUCAGGUCUUCCAGGACGGGAAGUGUGUGAGUUGUGGUGCAGGGACAUUUUACAGUGGAGAGCAGGAGCAGUGUGUUCAGUGUCCUCCUGGAACGUACCAGGACAUGGAGGGACAGCUCUCCUGUGAACCGUGUCCCAGCACUGAAGGACAGGGCAUCGCCGGUGCCAAGAACGUAUCUCAGUGUGGAGGUCAGUGUCCUGCAGGACAGUUUUCCACUGACGGCUUCCGGCCCUGCCAGCUCUGUCCUCUGGGCUCCUACCAGCCAGAACCAGGCCGGGUUCUGUGCUUUCUGUGUGGAGGAGGCCUCAUGACCAAAUAUGAAGCUUCUGUCACCUUCAGGGACUGUGAGGCCAAAGUGCACUGCGCUCCUGGACACUAUUACAACUCCAGUACCCACCGUUGCAUCCGCUGCCCUGCGGGGACAUACCAGUCUGAGUUUGGCCAGAACUACUGCAUCAACUGUCCUGGGAACACCACGACCGACUUUGACGGUGUCACCAAUGUGUCUCACUGCAAAAACCAGAUGUGCGGAGGGGAACUGGGAGAUUUUACCGGCUACAUUGAGUCUCCAAACUACCCUGGAGAUUACCCAUCCAAUGUGGACUGUGUCUGGACCAUAAUCCCACCGCACAAAAGACGAAUCCUCAUUGUGGUGCCAGAGAUCUUCCUUCCCAUUGAAGAUGAGUGUGGAGAUGUGCUGGUCAUGAGAAAGAGUGCGGUGCCCACUUCCAUCACAACCUACGAGACGUGUCAGACCUAUGAGCGACCCAUAGCCUUUACUUCUCGCUCUCGCAGACUUUGGAUCCAGUUUAAGUCGAACGAGGGGAACAGUGGCAAAGGCUUCCAAGUUCCAUAUGUCACCUAUGACGAGGACUACCAACAGCUGAUAGAAGACAUAGUGCGAGAUGGUAGACUUUAUGCAUCUGAGAACCACCAGGAGAUACUCAAGGACAAGAAGUUAAUAAAAGCCCUGUUUGACGUACUCGCCCACCCCCAGAAUUACUUUAAGUACACAAGUGCAGAGUCCAAAGAGAUGUUCCCUCGCUCCUUCAUCAAGCUGCUGCGGUCCAAAGUGACCAGGUUCCUGCGACCAUACAGCUAGACUGAAAAUCUUCUUGCACUUUCUUGUUAGACCCUUGUGAUCCUGCGUCAUUCCAAACCCUCCGGCCUUCAUGUAACACUGAAUCCCUCAUCACCUUCUGCCCGCAUUCAGGAUUUUGCCGAAUUUGUGGCAAAAAAAAUCCUGAUUUUCUGUACCUGUCCUCGAUCUCUGUUGUCACAUGAUGCCUUUCAACGUCUUGAAUACAGAACUGUAAACCCCACCCUUUAUAGUAACUGUACACUUAAACAUCCAAAGUUUGACAAGUAUAGGUUUUUGGAGGCCAGUAAUUAUUGUGUUGUAGAAAUUUGCAUUAGUAUUUAAUUUUGUAAUAUAUUUGUUCCUUAUAUUUCAGCAAAGAGAGUUAUAACCCUGAAUACACCAAUGUAAAAACAUCCAUAGUUUUAAUUAAUGUCCUACAGAUGGAAAGCACAGUGUUAAUGAAGCUAAAUGUUGUGAUAGUGUACUCAACAGCUGAUCUGAGUAAGAUCAUCUUGCUACGUCUAAAAUGAUCUUUAUUCCACAAAUACCGAUGAACUGUUGAUUAAUUUAUGUGCUUGUUUUGAUCUGAUAGUUUGAUCAAGAUAGCUCGCUAGCUACUUUGCUGGCUAGUUAGUUUAGCUAGCUCGCUAGCUAAAAGUUAUUGUCCAAUAGAAACAACCCUUACAACAAUUUACUCAAUAUGCUAGCCUACAUAAACAGGAGACAAAAGGAAAUUGGUGGCCAAGAAUUUUGUAAAGUAGAUAUUGAUUUACACGAGUAUAAUUAUUACGUUAUACGUCUGCCAUGUCUCUUCCACACUGGUGAGAGAAACGUUGAUUUAAAAAAUAUAUAUAGAGAUUUUACUAAAGGCAGUUUUUAGCAAAAAUAUUCACACCCUUUGCCCUUCGUUUUAGCACGUCAGCAUUUUGUGUAAAAAGCUAACACAGAGAAGCACAUAAUUCUGAAGUGAAAGGAAAAUAAUCCAUGGUUUUCAAACAAAGAGAAAAUGUGUAAAUUAGAAGCUAUAGCAUAGUUUGGAUCAUAAAUAUGUUUUUAUGACCACCUUUAGGUUUCUGCAAAUAAUGAUAGUUUCAUCCAUUGCAGUCAUGCUAGCUGUUUCUUCCUUGUGCUGUGUUUAUGCUGUGGAAGGUGUUCUUUGGCUUUGGCUCGUGGCUAAAGAUGUCGCAUUGAAAGGUUGUACAGUUGUAAAGUUACUGAGAGGGGAUAGCUUGGAUUUUUGAAAUGACAUUCUGUGAGAAAAGUAACAGCUUUCCUGGAGUAGAUGGAUGUCAGAUUGCAAUGAGUUGGUGGAAAACGAAAGAAACCCAUUUGCAAAUGGUAAAUGCUUGCAAGCAAGAGUAUGUGAGAGCCUUUAAUUCUGCAAAAUCACACCUGUUUGGUCAGUGUCAGGGAGACGCUGAUCAUCUCUGAAGCAGUUUACACACAUUUAGUUGAGCCAUUAUGAAUGCAUUAAGGGAAAACCUUCUCAUAUUUAUACAUAUUUCUCUCAUUUGCAACCAGAGCAACUGUUUGGUACCCUGAAAUACUGAAAUAUCUGCUCUUUUUAUUUUUAUUAAGGUGGAAAGUGGCAAGUCGUAUUUACGCACAAGCCUUUCUUUCUUAUUCUCACAUUUAUAGUUACAAUACAUGUGUAGUAUAUUUGCAUGGAAUACAUAUGAAAUAUUACGAUGAUCAAAUGAAUCAAUUAAAGGAAUGCAUACUUCACUUUUUUUUACUAUAACGUCUUGAUGUGAAAACACCACUGUGACUUGUUCCUCCAGACAAAUGUUGCUGAAGUUUUGUCUUGUCGGGUCACAACCUAGAGUUCUCCUUUAAUUAAAAUGAUAAGAACUGCCUGCUGAUAAGAUAAAAAAAGGGAUAAUUUCUCAGUCAGUUGCAUGUAUUUAGUGCAAACUGCUUUGUGAAUCCAGUUAGUCAGUGAAAAUCAUGGCAAGUAAUGGAGAUUGUGUUACUUUGUGAAUUAUUUCUUGGAGAAGGCUUACAGCUCUGGAAUAUCUGUGAGACAACAACUCAAAUUGAAACUAUUCCUUUAAACAUUACAGAACCCAAUACUAAGAGUCUACAUUUCCAAAAAGGCUGUUGUUUGGUUUGUUGCUGUUUAGUACUGCUUCUGUCUAAGUACUUUAAAGUUUAAAUAGGCUAUUUCAGAUUGAUGCUGUAUUAGUUUUGCUCUGUUAGUUGUUAUUUUCCAUUUGUUCUACAUCCAUUUACUCUUGGAAGAGGGGCUCAAGUCUAACUAUCUGAACUAAUUACUAAAGGUAAUUAUGGUUACUACUUACUAAGUAUUAGUGCAUGGCAUCAAAUUGUGUCUGUGUUAAAACAACAACAAUAAAAAAAGAUAAUCAUUUAGAUAUUACAAAGUGAAUUUGCAGAUCCCUUUAAAUCUUACGUUUAAUUCUAAUAAUUUAAAAUCUUUUAUAUUUAUCUGUAUUUCCCAAUGGAUUUUCUCAAAAACAAAUUUAAGCAUUUUAGAUCUGUGCUCUUCCAGGUGUCGUCAUUUUGGGGUACUUAUUACUCUUGCUGACAUGAUCAACUGAUUUGGUGGAUUGAUACAGUCUGAUCCUAUGUAACUUUAGCUAUAGGUCUAUACCUGUUAGACCUAACAAAGAAAGUGUGAAAGGUUAAUAUUCACUAACAUGGCAUUGUACUCAAUGAGAUAUGAAUAUUUUUAAACAGCUUAAACAUGGGCUCCAUCUGGGAAGCUAUUAGUCUUUCGUAGUUAUUUCUUUCAAACUCACUGCAAUAUGACAUAUUCUUAUCACUGUAACUAUCAUGGGUAAGAGUAAUAACAUUUGCAAUAUCUUCAAAAGAAAAAAAUCCAAGCUAUCCCUUUAAGCAUUGUCACGGUCUCUUUGAAAUAUGUAAUUAAGCUUUUAUUAUACGGUCUGUUUUACUAUAGAGUGGUUCUAAUAGAAUAAUAUUGAUACUGAAUUAUUAGCAAUAACAACAGGCUUGUAUUAGCUAACCAAUAUCAGCUGCUGCUGUGUCCAUUAAUCUUUAUUUUCUGACGUUUUUGCCCUCUACCUCCAAACUCCUCCACAGUCGUUUAGUAUUAGCAAUGCUUUGCUCUGUCUUGUUUCCGAAUGUUGGGAUAUGUCUGAACAAUGACGGACACAUCCAGUCAUAGAGUCAUGAUGCGUCAUUAUGAACUGACCCACAACGAGAGUGCACAGGUGUUUUCCUACAGCAUUCAACACUUUGGGCUGAUGAGCCGAUGCGCUUAAAGUACUUAAAUGUGACAAAUGAAUUAAUUACAUCCCAGCAAUUCCACCUUAGCCUGUGCUUCAUCCAUCUUAGCACAUGAACAGACAACACCAAUUUGUUUUUUCUUUUUAUGAAAAUAAAAAUAUAUAUAUAACAAGAAGAGAUAAACUACCUAGAAGCGACAAAGUGUUACUUUAGAGAGAAAUGUAUGUGAUUUAACUAAUAUUUGGAACAUUAAUUGCACUUGAAUUUUCUACUUUGAAAUGUUGGGGAGAAAAAAACAAUAAUUUUUUUUUGUGUUAGCUUUUUUUGUGUUGUUUUCAAGUGUACCACAUUUGGUGGUGAUAAGUACGAUAGCUGUGUUUCCUGUUAUGCUAGCCCCCCUGUCUUUAGCAUCUGAAAGCUUGUUAGCUAACACAGCUUCCACUCAGCCAGAGACUCUACAUUUGUAGGAAAAACUAAAUAAUUGUUGAAAGACUGUUAGUUGCAAUCGUGAUUAGAUGUCGUCUUCAGUAUUGUUUUCAUCAAUCCGUACUACAAUUGUAGGGGAAUUGUGUCAUUGCAAACAUGGUCAGUUUUGGUAAACGAUUGAGAAAAAAAAUGCUCAUCCACACGGCCGGUGAUCUAGCACAACAGAAGACGCUGUAGUACCUCUGCCGUGCCAGUCGGUGGUGCUGUAACAGUGUCACAGAACAAUGCGAAGAAUGCCAAACAACAGCGAACGGUGCCAUGUUUAUUGGUGAAAGUUUUUAUUUGUGAAAGAAAAGUGCAUUCGGGAUACAUUGAGAGAUAGAGCUACGAUAUCAUCGUAUCAAAAGAAACAGCUCCACGUGGACACACAGCUGAACUCAUUUCGUUUGUCUAAUUAGCUUAGUCUAGCUUAGCUUAUUUAGCCUAACUAUCAGACAGAUGACUGCAUUGGACUCUACGAUAGUUUGGGGUAUGGAGGAGUUUAUUGUGAACUCUGUGACUAAAACAUGGAAAGAUCCUGUGGUCCAAUUGUGUCUCCAUGAACUGUAACAUUUCAUUUGCUAACUGAGUCCCUAGGAAGACUGGAAACGCUCCUAAAUAUUUUCCACGACUGAAUGACGGUCCUUGGUUGCUCUUACAGUGCUCUUUUGAUAAACGAGUGGUGGCGGUGGCUUCCCUAAAGUUAUUCCUGAUGCCUUUCCAUCAUGGCUCCAUGUAAACACAGACCAUACGCUCCAGGCUGUCCAUCUGCCAAAGUACCUCUGUUGGUAGAAGUUGAUGUAGUGAAACUCACACAUGGUUUUUGAUUGGCAAUGUCCAAGAGUUACUUCCCUUUGAAAUCCUACAGAAACAUCAAGCGUGUACUUAGGUUUUUCCAAUGACUGUAUGGCUAGUAUGGAAAAUGUCCCUUUCCCAUUUAGUAGGCUGAAUAUACAGAAACACAGUCCCAUCAUUGGAUAUGUAAUUCUUUUGCCAUCAUUACAGUUUUUGUUAGAAGCAAUGACCAGUUUUGUUCUAUCUGUGACUCAUUUUAACAGAUGUCUCCAAACAUUUGAUAAAGUACCAGGCUGGGUUAUCCAAAAGAGAAAAAUAACUAAAAAAUCCAAGUUUACACUUUACAAUCCAAACAAACAAAGAAAUGUGUACACCAGUCGUGUCCAAACAUGUUGUCAUUGUGGCCAAAUAUGUCAAGUUGAAAGUACUCAGGGGCCACAAAAAUGUUUAUUUUUAUUUUUUAUUAAAAGUGUAAAAAGAAAAAAAGUUUUACUUCAUUUCACCUGAGCUGAACGAUCAUCUAAACACGCAAUGUUUGAAUGAACCAAGCAAAGCUGUCUGACUUUGCCAGAAAAGCAAUCUGUAAAUUAUAAUAUAUAUGAAAAAAAAAUGACUUCACAAAAUUUGCCUGGUCAAACAGCAAUAACAGUAUACAAUGUCCCAAAAUGUUCAGGUUGAUUAUCUUUGUCUAAAUUUGUUAGCGUGCAUGUGUGUGUGUGUGUGUGUGUGUGUGUGUGUGUGUGUGUGUGUGUGUGUGUGUGUGUGUGUGUGUGUGUGUGUGCGUGUGUAUUUUCAGCAACAACAGAGUAUACAUAUAGAUAUGACUCAGUGCUCCCAGGUCUACUUUUUGACUAAAGCCACUGGAUGUUUAAAGUCCCAUAUCCCAUCAAACUGAAUUAAAACAAAACACCUGGCUGAUGAAAAAGUAAGUCUUUGAGUUGAACCUUGCUUUUUUCUGAAGACUUUAAUAUGUCUGUAUAUUUUUUGAAAGGCAUCAUGUCUGUGUAAAUUGCCCCUUAACAUUUUCCUAAACAUGAAUCUGGAUCAACCGCCUGGGCUGGCAAACUAAACUCAGCAUUCUUGUAUUCUGGUCCAAGCCGUCACUAAAUCAGCCAGAGAGCCACAAACGAGGCUGCUUUGCUGCUUCACAGCCCGAAUGACUCGCCGUGAAGAAACAAUGAAAUCUGGUCUAUUGGCUGGCUUCUGCAAUUCCUAUUAGAAAAUUGUGAAGGAGAAUGUCUGGCCAUCAGUUUGUGACCUUCAGCCCAAACACAUUUAAUGUACCGAAGGAAAAUGAUCCAAAACACACAAGAAUGUCCAUCUGAACGAAACAGAAAAUUAAAGUUUUGGAGCGAUAACGUGCUGAGCUCAAACGACCUUUAUUUAACCAGGAAAAGCCCCACUGAGAUUAAGGAAGUCCAUUGACAAAUGGAAUCAUCCUCUGAAAACAGACGUGUUUAAAUCGGGUCAGUUAUGUCUCAUUCUAGUAGUUGUUUGCUUAUCUGAAAUAGUUUUGGGAAAUGAGAAAAAAAAAAUAAGCAGGAAAUUGUGAGGUGGAAAUUACAUUUUCACUCCAAAAAGGUAAAUAAUACUGUGGGCUUUUCUGGUACAUUUGUAAAAUGGAGAUUAUUUUUAGCAUUUUCUACCAAUUGACUGGAAAAUUGGCAAAAAUCAGGAAACUUUACUUCAGGUUCCUCAUGUUUCUUCAUUUAUAUCACCUGAGGAAUUGGAUAAUGAGGUGCUUUAGCAAAGUGUUAGCUAAAAAAUGUCCACACCUAUAGAACUAGGCUAGAGGAGCUUUUAUAUGUCGUAUCUUAUCAUCAUUUUAUCACAUUUUGGUCCCAACAGAUUUGCUUGUUUUUCCAGUUGAAGUUCAGAGGUUUAUUUUUUCACUAAAUCCAGCCGUAUUGACACUGUCCCGUCUGUAAACAUGGCAAACUGAGUGGAAAUGCCUCGUGCUUCUCACCUCUCCCACACCGUAAUAUUAGGAGUCAAGUUUCACCCUGCAGUAAUCGUCAAAGACCAAAUUCUUCAGAAUCCUCUGCAUUAACCUCGUGAAAUCAAACUAGUGCUUUGACAGAUUCAGCAGCCUUCCCGGUCCCAGUCCUUUACAUGGACCUUUGGGUCGGAGGCAAUUGUGGCUUGUACUUAAUACGACUGAAAGACAAACAUAUCAGGAGUGUAACAAUACUAGCAUCACUGCUGGGCACAUACCACGGUUUCUGGGCUGCGGCUUGGUGUAUGUUUGGUAAAAACAGGAAAAAGAAAGAAGCCAAAUGUUUGGUUUGUUUUAAUUUAUUUUAAAGGGGGGAAUAAAAUCCCUCGCAAAAACAAACAGCAAAAGAAAAUGGGGUUUUUUAUGUCGAGGUCCCUGAGUCAUGUGCACAGAAUGCAGAUGUUGGCUUGUUUUAAAUCACAAUGUACAAUAACAAAACAAGCUGAAAAACGUAUUGUUGCUUAUUGAUUGAAUUUAUUCGACGUCAUCGUUCACGACUUCGUCUGUUCUCUGAUUGGCCUGGUUGGAAUUCUGCCACAGAAAUCCAUCUCUAUGGGACGAAUCGCAGGCAGAGUCGCGGCAGGAGAUGAGAACCAAGCAGAACUGCGCAGGGAGAUGAUGGCCAGAGCAGAUCCACAUAGAACACCAACAUGAAAUAAAGCUGUGUGUUACUUGUGUUUAAUGGAGGGUCUUAGUCAUUUUUAAUUUUUACUGCAGCUUCAAAUUUGCUGCUGGAAAAUCAACAACUUACUUCAAAACUGCUUACAGACUCUAAAACGCAACUUGUGGUAUUAUUUUUUAUAUUCUUGCUGUACUUUUUGUGAGGACAUAAAAAACAAGAUGUCUUUAGUAUUUUUAUGAAGCACAGAAGGCGCUGGAGCUAACGUGACUCACACCUUCAGUGAAGAGAAAUUAUGAAUUUGAAGGAAUUUGCAUUGCAUUCAACUGUCUAUGCUUUAAAAUCUGAAGUUAAUCAGGGGACAGUUCUUGAAUCCAAACGCAGAUCUAAUUAAACAUGAUCUAAUUAAACAUUAUCAACGGUUUUCUCUGUUUGUGAAACGGCAAAAAAGCAGGAUUCUAUUUUUUCUUUUGGCAUUGGGAGGGAAGUCAAACGUAGACUUGUCCCGUAGACCGUGCGUCACGUCUUGUCAGCCGACUGUACUGUUACACCCCGAGGUCCAACCCGACAAGGAACAAAUGUAGUGAAUAUUUUGGGGGGAAUGAAGAUAAACACCCCAGUGUGUGUAUGCUCUGUUGCUCUUGUUACUCUGGUUACUUUCUUAAAGCCCUGGCUUCCACCCGCUCAUUUCAGUCCAGGUUUCACAACCAAAUACCUUGAUUGACUGUUUGGCACAUACCGCCCGACCAGAAUUCCUGCAUUUGUCCACAAAAAAAAAAACCCAUUUUAAUUAAUGAUGAUCUGAAUUCAAGUUCAGGAUCCACACACACGCACAAAAAGGAAUGAUGCACUUUUAAGACUCUGCCAGUUGUUACAGAGCGUACUAAAGCGAAGCUGAUGACUGGGAGGUAGGAAAUUAAUCUGAAAGCUUGGGCUUUGCAAAACACUUUGUGGUCAUGGGAAACUGUUAAAGUUAAUCGUCUGAAGCAUUCAGAACCACAACUAUGGUUCCACACGGGUGUUUCACUGAGUGGACUUAGUUUUGGCUUGAAAUCCGAAAUAUGGGAUUUUAGCAAAAGAAAAAAGAAAAAAAAACACCAAACCCAAAGUCAUUUUUCUACCACUGGCUAAUAAGUUCUCCGUUAGGUAAUGUAGCUUAUAAAUGUAAUGAUUCAGUUAGUGCUUGGCUUAAGUUCCUGCUCCAGGUCUUGCUAACAAAGCAGCCGCAGACUGAUAGUCAGGCCUCUUUGUGUAUGUAGAGAUGAGCACUGUUUCAUGGAAAGUGGUGAAAAAAAGGGAUCCAAAAAUGUCAAAAAUAACAGCUCAAUAAAUUGGAGAAUGUAUCCCACCCUGGAUGGGCGUAUGCAUGUUGUAUGGAUGAGAGUGGUAGAAGUCUAUGUGCAGUGUGUGUGUUGACGGGGUGGCGUUUCUAUGGUUGCCUGGGAAAAGAGAAAAACAGUCCAUGUCUGCUUUAGUCCCAUUUUGUAGAAGAAUAAUUUGAACUUUGUGUAAGUUUGUUGUACCCAAAGAGAGAACCUGUGACACAGUGUUGUGGCCGUUGUUUGCUCCGUGAAACUCCAGUACUGAACAAGUUCAAUAAACAGUAGCAGAAAAACAG